UGUGUGUCCUUGUCUGGACCUUGCUGGGGUUCCACAGAGCUGGCAAAGGCAGAUCCCUGCUGUGGGCCCUGGCAGCCCCUGGGGCCAGCCCCCUGACCCUUGCUGUAUUCUGUCUGUGCUGUUCCCAACAGGUGCCCGAGAUGCCGCUGCUGCCAAAGAAGCGCUGGGAGUCCAUGGCCAAGGGGCUGGUGCUAGGAGCUCUCUUCACCAGCUUUCUGCUGCUGCUUUACUCCUACGUGGUGCCCCCGCUGCACCCCAACGUGGCUACCACAACUUCAGAGUCCACAGCUCCCUGCUCCCCUGCUUCCAGUGAGCCAGAGACCAACAGGUCUGCCGGAGGGUGCCAACCCCAGCAAAACAUCGUUUUCAUGAAGACGCACAAGACGGCCAGCAGCACGCUGCUCAACAUCCUCUUCCGCUUCGGCCAGAAGCACGGGCUCAAGUUCGCCUUCCCGAAUGGGCGCAACGACUUCCACUACCCAUCCUUCUUCGAGCGCAGCCUGGUGCAGGACUACCGGCCAGGGGCCUGCUUCAACAUCAUCUGCAACCACAUGCGCUUCCACUACGAGGAAGUGCGCAGGCUGGUGCCGCCCGGCGCCACCUUUAUCACGGUGAUCCGCGACCCUGCGCGCCUCUUCGAGUCCUCCUUCCACUACUUCGGGUCCAUGGUGCCCCUCACGUGGAAGCUCUCGAGCCGGGACAAGCUGGCGGAGUUCCUGCAGGACCCCGACCGCUACUACGACCCUAGCGGCUACAACGCGCACUACCUCCGCAACCUGCUCUUCUUCGACCUGGGCUACGACAGCGGCCUGGACCCCAGCAGCCCGCGGGUGCAGGAGCACAUCCUGGAGGUGGAGCGCCGCUUCCACCUGGUGCUGCUGCAGGAGUACUUCGACGAGUCCCUGGUGCUACUGCGGGAGCUGCUGUGCUGGGACCUGGAGGACGUGCUCUACUUCAAGCUCAACGCCCGCCGCGACUCGCCAGUGCCGCGCCUCUCGGGGGAGCUGUACCGCCGCGCCACCGCCUGGAACCUGCUGGACACCCAGCUCUACCGCCACUUCAACGCCACCUUCUGGCGCAAGGUGGAGGCCUUCGGCCGCCGGCGCAUGGCCAGCGAGGUGGCCACGCUGCGCAGCGCCAACGAGCGCAUGCGCCGCAUCUGCAUCGACGGAGGUCAGGCGGUGGACGCUGCGGCCAUCCAGGAGUCGGCCAUGCAGCCGUGGCAGCCGCUGGGCGCCAAGUCCAUCCUGGGUUACAACCUCAAGAAGAGCAUCGGGCAGAGGCACGAGCAGCUCUGCCGGCGCAUGCUCACGCCCGAGAUCCAGUACCUGUCGGACCUCGGUGCCAAUCUCUGGGUCACCAAGCUCUGGAAGCACCUUCGGGACUUCCUGCGGUGGUGACAUCCCUCGGACCAGCGGCUUGCCUGCUCCCUUGGAGGGCUGGGCAGGGACCCGCUGGCGCUGGCCUUCCCUGGCCCCUCCUGGUGCCACCCUGGGAACCAGGGUGUGGCGGGGCUUCCCUGGGGUCAUUAGCCAGCCUGGGGUCAUCUCCCUGGGAGAUCAGUAUUUGACUAAUUCUGCUGUUUUUGUUUUUUUGUUUUUGUUUUUUGUUUUUUUGUUGUUGUUGUUAAACCCCCCUCCCCUCUUUUCAGCUUCCUCUUUAACGGGAGAUUCUGAAGUAAAAGAAUUUUAUGUGUUUUUGUUAAUCGA